CUGGAGGUGUCGUUCGUUUUUCCAACUAUAGCGGAAAUAAUGACGUCAUGAAUAAAGAGUACAUAGCAAAUGGAUGAUACAUCGAAGUGAUAUGGGACUGUUUGUGUUAGAAUUUUGAUUUCCCGAUGCAAUUGAUUUUUCAGACGAACGAUUGUUUUGCGUAGGUUUUAUUGACGAUCCACAAAUUUCGAACGGUAAAUUUUUCAUGAAGAAUUGUCUUGUUUAAAGUAACAAAAAUGUCUGAUCACUUUGGCCCGAUAACUUUGAAAUGGGAUCCCAAGAAUUUAGAGAUCCGUACCAUGUCUGUAGAAAAGACAUUGGAGCCCUUAGUUUUACAAGUUACUACGCUUGUAAAUACAAAGGGUCCUAGCAAAAAAAAGAAAGGAAAGUCAAAAAGGGCCAGUGCUUUAGUUGGAACUGUUGAAAAAGCAACUAGCAAUUUUAUUGAAAAAGGUGAACAGAUAGCUUAUGAAAAUCCUGAUAUUACUGCAGAAAUGUUAAGUGCUGUUGAGGAAGUAAAAAAAACAGGUGCUGCAAUGAGCAUUGCCGCCAGAGAAUUUUCUGAAGAUCCUUGUUCUUCUUUAAAAAGAGGCAAUAUGGUUCGAGCAGCAAGAAAUUUAUUAUCUGCAGUAACACGUUUGCUUAUUUUAGCAGAUAUGGUUGAUGUGCAUUUGUUGUUGAAGUCGCUUCAUGUGGUAGAAGAUGAUUUAAAGAAAUUGAAAAAUGCAUCUUCACAGGGAGAGUUAUUAGAAAAUAUAAAGCAAUUUGGAAGAAAUGCAUCAGAACUUAUGAAUCAAGCUGCAAAACGUCAACAAGAACUGAAAGAUCCUCAAUUAAGGGACGACUUGGCUGCAGCAAGAGCUGUUCUUAAAAAGCAUUCUACUAUGCUUCUUACUGCCUCUAAAGUUUAUGUUCGACAUCCUGAAUUGGCUGCAGCAAAAGCAAAUCGUGAUUAUGUUCUGAAGCAAGUGUGUGAAGCUGUAAAUACCAUUAAUGAUGUGGCACAAGGAAAAACUCCAGUUGACAGCCAACAUCCUUAUGAAGGACCUGGAGAAUUGGCUGCUGCUUUAGAUGAUUUUGAUGAAAGAAUGGUAAUGUCUCCACUUGCGUAUAAUGAAGUACGUACAAGACCCAGUCUUGAAGAAAGAUUGGAAAGUAUUAUCAGCGGUGCUGCAUUGAUGGCGGAUUCUUCAUGCACUCGGGAUGAACGUAGAGAACGCAUUGUUGCAGAAUGUAAUGCAGUUAGGCAAGCACUUCAAGAUUUGUUGAGUGAAUAUAUGAAUAAUUUACAGCUUGCUCGGGGUGGGAAACGGAUGGGUGUCAAGGAACAAUCAGAAGGUUUAGAAAGAGCAAUUGAUCAUAUGUGCAGAAAAACUCGUGAUCUUCGCAGACAAUUACGAAAGGCUGUAGUGGAUCAUGUAUCUGAUAGCUUUUUGGAAACAAGUGUACCUUUAUUGGUCCUUAUUGAAGCUGCAAGAAAUGGCCGUGAUAAAGAGGUGGAAGAGUAUGCACUUGUCUUUACAGAACAUGCCAAUAAGCUAGUUGAGGUUGCCAAUUUAGUAUGUAGUAUGUCUGGAAACGAAGAUGGUGUAAAAAUGGUGCGAUAUGCGGCAGCACAAAUUGGAAAUUUAUGUCCACAAGUAAUUAAUGCAGCCCGUGUGCUUGCAGCUCGUAAUCGAUCUAAAGUAGCUUUAGAUAACAUGGAAGUAUUUAGACAAGCAUGGGAAAAUCAAGUAAGAGUAUUAACAGAAGCUGUUGAUGAUAUUACUACUAUUGAUGAUUUCUUAGCAGUAUCUGAGAAUCAUAUCUUAGAAGACGUAAAUAAAUGUGUAUUGGCAUUACAAGAAGGUGAUGCCGAUACUUUAGACAGAACUGCGGGUGCAAUCCGUGGACGAUCUGCCAGAGUGUGUAACGUUGUUCAAGCAGAAAUGGAUAAUUAUGAGCCUUGUAUCUAUACGAAACGAGUUUUAGAAGCUGUAAAAGUUUUAAGGGAACAAGUCAUGCCGAAAUUUGCGCAAAGAGUAGAAGUCGCGGUAGAUGCAUUGGGUAGUAAUCCUGCUAAAGAUGUGGAUGAAAAUGAUUUUAUAGAUGCUUCAAGAUUGGUAUAUGAUGGUGUUCGUGAAAUUAGACGCGCUGUACUGAUGAAUAGAGCGGAUGAGGAUUUAGAUCCAGAAGAUGUGGAACUUGAUGAACAUUAUACAUUAGAAACUCGUAGUAAAUCAAGCGCUCAAACUGGUGAACAUGGUGUUGAUGAAUAUCCAGAAAUUAGCGGAAUUACUACAGCCCGCGAAGCAAUGCGUAAGAUGCCUGAAGAAGACAAACAAAAAAUUUUACAGCAAGUAGAGUAUUUCAAGAGCGAGAAACUAAAGUUCGAUAAAGAAGUUGCCAAAUGGGACGAUGCAGGGAACGAUAUUAUUGUUCUUGCUAAGCAUAUGUGUAUGAUUAUGAUGGAAAUGACUGACUUCACUAGAGGUCGUGGACCUUUGAAAACAACUAUGGAUGUUAUCAAUGCAGCAAAGAAAAUUUCUGAAGCCGGAACUAAAUUAGAUAAAUUAACAAGACAAAUAGCAGAUCAAUGUCCAGAAAGUUCUACUAAGAAAGAUCUUUUAGCAUACUUACAACGUAUAGCAUUAUAUUGUCAUCAAAUGAAUAUUACAAGCAAAGUCAAAGCAGAUGUACAAAAUAUUAGCGGAGAAUUAAUUGUAUCUGGACUUGACAGUGCAACUUCUCUCAUUCAGGCAGCUAAAAAUUUAAUGAAUGCUGUUGUACUUACUGUUAAGGCUUCAUAUGUUGCAUCGACUAAAUAUCCUCGACAAUCUACAGUAACUUAUUCUCCAAUUGUUGUAUGGAAAAUGAAAGCGCCAGAAAAGAAACCAUUGGUUCGUCCUGAAAGACCAGAAGAAGUCAGGGCAAAAGUGCGCAAAGGUUCGCAAAAAAAAGUGCAAAACCCAAUACAUGCACUUUCCGAAUUUCAAAGUCCUACAGAAAGCGUUUAAGAUUUUACGUGUAAGUAAUUUAAUAAAAACGAAGUCUAGUAUAUAGCAUCACCUUUAAAAAAUCAUAUGAAUAAGAUGUUUUAUUUUCUACUGAGUAUAAAAUUAAAACACAAAAUCUGUGUUUAUUGUUAAUUUAUUGUCAUGAAUUUCUAACCCAAUCAUCGUGAUAUAAUCAGACAGAGAUUCCUCAUAGAAAAAUAAGUCGAAAAUGCAAAAUGAAAUUUGUGCAUGCAAGACUUUCUUUAAAAAAAAAUGACUCGUUUGUUUUAUGAUUGUUAGGAUAAUUUUUUUACAAAUAAAAUUGAUAAUUUGAGCACUUCUAUAAUAAUUAAUUGUAUAAUAGGAUUUAUAACGUAUAAGUUUUAGCUUUAUAAGUAAUAAGCUCUAGAAUAAUAUUAUUCUUUUUAUUAUUAUUUGUAAAAAAUAAAAAUUGAAAUUAAACGCAUAAAAAUAAUUUAAUAACAUUUUAUUAAGUAUUAUGAUAAGCGACUUAUAUGUACUUACGUACAUAUGAAUAUAAGCUUAUCAAAGACCUUACAUUUUCGUUAUCAAGAAUCAAGAAUUCAAAUUGGUUAUUAUUUUUCUGUUUUAUUAAUAUAUGAAUCCUAUUUAACGAUUUUAUAACUUGUACACGUUUUUAUACAUAUCCAGAAACAAGGUCUCUAAUAAUAAAAAAAAAACUAAGGCUGUUAUUUUAAGUAAUGUUAACAAUUACAGGCCUUGAAUUUUUACUACUAUGUUACAUGAAGGUCAGUUUCUUAUUAUAAUGAAUUUUUUGACAAUAAUAUUGAUAAAUACUUUGUUAUGCUUUUACAAAACCAACUAAGAUACAAAUAGUAAUAUUAGCAUCUUUCCAAGUGGCAAUUAUAUCAAUAAAUACAAAUAAUUAAUAUGAAAGUAUAAGAAUUCAUUUAUAUAAAUACAUUUAAUGUAACAAAUUAUAUUUUUUCUAAUACGUAAAUUUUUUACUUAUAUAAUUUGCUUUACAUAUAUAAAAUAAUUUUAACAUAUCUUAUAUUUCUUUAGAAAAUUUUAUUAAAAGUUAUAUUUUUUGUACUUUUUGUUAUUCAAUAUUAUAUUCAUAAUUAGAUGAAAAAAUCGUGUGUCAACAAAACUUGCAUAAAAGCAAUAUAAAUAAGACAGUAUUGCAUUGGAAUAAAGAGACUGCAGAUCAAAGUAUUUAAUGAUUGUAUAUAAGUAAAUAUGAUUAUACAUUUUUAAAAAAUCUCCUUUAUGAUGAUUUUACAUUACUUAUAGUAUAUAAGAAAUAAUUGUAAAAAAAACUGAUACCAAUUUCAUACCUUAUAUGAUGAGUAAAGUAUUAUAUUUAAAAAAAAUACUACCAAAAUUUAUUUAAAAAUUUUGUAGCAAAUAUUAAAUGAUUCUUGAAUUAUGAAAAUAACAUGUUGUAUGUGUGACAAAUGCACAAUAAAAAUAUAAAAUUGUGCUUCAUAAUAUGUAUUAUUUCAUUUAUAUUAAUAUAGUCAUUAUAAUAAAUGUUGUAUUGGAUUAGUGUUUGCAGAAUAUAUAAGGAGUAAAAUCAUUUCACAUUUCAUAGCUUUUAAUACAAUGUGUAUUGGUAUCAAUUUUUUACUGUUGUAAAACUGAUACUAAUUUAUAUAGAAAUAAUUUUAAGAUUAAAUUGUAGUUAUAUAUACUGAUAUGCUGCCAAAUACAAGGUGAUGCUUUUAA